CUGUUAGUCACUGGGGAGAAAUCCUUUUUCCUUCAACCGGGAGAAAGCCUUCUUGAUGGCAUACAGGAUGUGUAUGUCUUAAGUGAAGAAGACGGACUGGUUCUCAAAGCCCUUGAAAACUUUAUAGAUGGGGACAAGGUGAGAAUUUCGCUUCGAAACGGUGAAAAUCAACGCUUAGCUGGUGAGGAAUGGAUGCUAGUUGGUCCGCAGGAGUAUGUUCCACCGAUAGAAGUGCAGGUUGUAAAGUCCCAAAAGGCAAUCCCACUGGCGGACAAUGAAGGCAUCUACGUUCGAGAUCGGAUAACAGGCAAAGUGCGGUCGGUUGUGGGGACUACCUACAUGUUAACACAGAAUGAAGAGCUCUGGGAAAAGUCGCUCUCUCCUGCUGUUGAGGAACUACUGAGGUCCACCAAGGACCCUUUGGCUGACAGGUCGGUGGUUGGAGCCUCAGCUCGGAAACAGGCUGGUAGAGGCCCUAUGAAUAUUCAGAAUGAGUCGUCAAAGUUGGACGCAACACGAGUGGUUAGCUACAAAGUUCCACACAAUGCUGUGGCUCAGAUCUAUGAUUACAAGAGGAAGAGGGCUCGCUUUGCCUUUGGUCCAGAUUUGGUGAUGUUGGACGCCGAUGAAGAAUUCACAGUUCUGAGUCUCUCUGGUGGCAAACCAAAGAGACCCAACUUGAUUCGAUCACUCUGUCUUCUGUUGGGUCCAGAUUUCUGCUCGGAUUCAUUGGUGGUUGAAACUGCUGACCAUGCGCGCCUUUCAAUCCAACUCUCCUACAAUUGGCAGUUUGAGAUUUCCCCGGAAAGAACCUACGAUGAGGCCUCGAAGCUCUUCUCUUUGCCCGACUUUAUUGGAGAUUUCUGCAAAGCCCUGGCUGCUCGGGUGAGAGGUGCUGUUGCAUCCGUGACCUUCGACAAAUUCCACAAGAACUCAGCCAGUCUCAUUCGAGAGGCCGUGUUUGGUAAGGAUGCUGAAGGGAAUGUGAACGAGAGAUUCGUGUUCCCCCAAAACAAUCUGGUGAUCACCAGUGUAGAUAUUCAGUCGGUGGAGCCAGUGGACCAGCGAACUCGCGAUGCCCUUAUGAAGUCAGUGCAACUGGCUAUUGAGAUAACCAGUAAUUCUCAGGAGGCAUCUGCUAGGCAUGAGGCUGAGAGGCUUGAGCAGGAGGCGAGAGGUCGACUAGAGCGCCAGAAGAUUGAAGACGAGGCUUCUGCAGAGGAGGCGAGAAGGAGUCUUCUUGAAUUACAGGUGCAGUUGGCAACUCUGGAGAGCACAGGUCAAGCAAGAGCAGAGGCUCAGAGUAAAGCUGAGGCCAUGAGAAUUGCCUCUCAGGCGGAAGUUGAGAAGGCCCGACUGGAAGCCGAAGCUGAUGCAAUCAAGACCUCGUCCGAGCUCAAUCGCUUGAGGAGUGCCCGUGAAACGGAGCUUGAAUAUCUGGUUAAAAAGAACGAGAUCUUUCUUCAACGUAGACGUCAAGAAUUGGAGAUGGAGACUGAUUUCUAUCUCAAGAGGGUUGCUGCUAUUGGAUCAGAGAAUCUGAGAGAUAUUGCCUGUUCUGGUGCUGAACGCGAUGUGCGCAUGCUGAAGGCGUUGAAUUUGAAGAGCACCCUCAUCACAGACGGAAAGACACCUGUAAAUCUUCUAGACGCUACUGCUGGUUUGAUCGGUCAAACUACUGGUGGGGUGUUCAACACUCCCAUUGUUGAACAUCCUGACGGAGAUCGUGAUAUGCUUUCUAACUAG